AUGGUUAAUUCCGUUGUAAGCCCAAAACCUUGAUCAAGGUUUUCACUUUUCCUCGGUGAUCAAAAGACAAGAUACUUUGCUGUACUUAUUAUUAAUAAUAAAAUAAUUAAGUUAUUCUUCAACUUCGUUUUUUCUGGGAAACUAUUACGAAAGAGUUAUUCUUCUUCUCACUUUUCUUUAUACACAAGGAAAAUAAAACUUUUGGACUCAGAUUUUUCUAUUCUUUUCCUUUCUUAUCAACCAAACAAAAGAACCAACAAGAAAAACAAAACUUUCUUUGAACAAAAAAGCAGCCUUUUGAAACAUUGCAGGAUCCAGGAAAUGGGUUUUAGAAGAAUGGGUUGCCAUGAUCUACUAUGGAUUGUAAGGCUAUUUUUUCUUAUGCAAUUAGUUCAUGUGGUAUUUAGUUGGGGAAAACAUGGUCAUUAUGCUGUUUGCAAGAUAGCUGAGGGAUAUCUUACAAAAGAUGCCACGGCUACAGUGAAAGAACUGCUCCCUGAUUAUGCUAAUGGUGAGCUUGCAUCUGUAUGUUCAUGGCCUGAUGAUAUCAAGUGGUAUUACCGCUGGUACUGGACCAGUCCCUUACACUAUGUUGACACUCCAAGUUUCAAGUGUAACUACAAAUACGGCCGAGACUGCUAUGAUUCUUCUGGACGCAGAAAUAAUUGUGUAACUGGAGCAAUUUUCAACUAUACAAAACAACUAUUUUCAGCUUAUCAAGGAUAUAAUCCCAAUUUGAAAUACAAUUUGACAGAGGCACUCAUUUUCUUAGCUCAUUAUAUGGCCGAUGUUCAUCAGCCAUUACAUGUUGGCUUCACAGGAGAUUUAGGUGGGAGUAUUCUUAAAGUUCGUUGGUAUCGUAAGAAGACAAAUCUACACCAUGUUUGGGAUACAUUGAUUAUUGAUACUGCAGUGAAGACAUUCUAUGGCUCAGAUCUUUCAACGAUGGUUCGAGCUAUCCAAAGGAAUAUUACAGAUGCUUGGUCCAGUGAUAUAUCAUCAUGGAACUAUUGUAGACAUCACAAAAGAGUUUGUCCUAACCAGUAUGCUGCUGAAAGUGUUAGGUUAGCAUGUAACUUUGCGUAUAAGAAUGCUAAACCAGGAAGCAUCUUAAAAGAUGAUUAUUUCCUCUCUCGGUUGCCUGUCGUGGAGAAGAGGCUCGCUCAAGGCGGGAUUCGCCUUGCCGCUGUGCUCAACCAGCUAUUUAAUUUCGAAGUGAAAAUCGGACAAUCAUUGUGAUAAAAAAAAUCAGAGAAGCAUGUUUAAAUGCUGUAAGCAACAUUGCAAUAUAUGUUCAUUGCUCAUACAAAACAACGUAUUGAAUGUAAAUUUUUUAAACUCAACAUUGAAA